AUGAGUGAGUCAGCGAGGCCAUCCCCCAAUCAAAAAACCAACUCAACCCCCUCCCAGCGAACCCACCCCCUCUCUACUCCACCCCACGCCAACCAAAGCCUCCCAUCCUCACCACCCCCAACCACCCCCCCCCCAACCACACCCCCUCUCUGUGAGUCGACCCCUAACCCCACAUCCCUCUCCUACCACGCGUCACUCACCCGUCCCCCACUCCGCCCCCCCCCAGCCCGCCCUGCACCCCCCAACCUCUCUCCCCCCGACUCAUCCACCCCACCCGGCCCCCCCUCACACCCCCACCCACCCGUCCCCCACCACAUCACCCCCAUCGCCGCGUAUGCGUGCUGCCUCACACACACACUAGGUAUUAUCUACCCAUCCCCUCUCUUUCUCCCCCGCCCUCCCCCUUACAGAGACACACACAUAGUCCGAGUGCCCCACGGGUCCCAUCCCCUACCUACGCCGGCCUACCCCACAACCCCCAUCCUCCCCCCACCAAUGCGGAUCAAUUCCAUACACCCUCGCCUCACCUCAUGCACCGACCAACCCCUCCAAACCCCCGCCUACCCUCCCACCUCCCCCACCCCCCACCCAAUUACUCUCCCCACACACCCACCCACCCCACAUCUACCCUCUACCCUCCACUGA